CAGAAAGCCCUGGAAGCCCCUCACUCGCACGCCCGUUCAGUUCAACGGCCGCCGCCCAGUGCGUCAAUAUGUCGUGGAUUUUGAUUGUUCCCUUCAGCGCAGCUUAAUCCAGCCCCGCCUGGCCCAGCCCCGCCUCCAUUCCUUCGUCUACAUCUACUGCGAGGGCUGCUCACGAGGAUUAAAUCUACCCCUUGCAACAUUCUGAGAUCUGACGACAACGUCACGAGUUGAAGCCAUACCCUUUUAACGUCUUUGUUCUCUCGAUUCUCUCCCUCUCGCUCGACACGACCCCUCCUGACGACCACAUCAACCGUCCUGGCCUGCACUUGAUGCCCACCUUGACUUUGAGACUGCUUAGCUCACACGCACCUCACCGCACUCAACUCUUUCACCGAUAAACCCACGACACCCUCGUUUCCGAUCGCAGAUAUUUCACCAUGGAUGUUUCCGUGGGAAACCCUCCUUCCCAUUCGCCUCCCGGCCCCAACGCCCAGCGACCUCGAGGCAUCCUGAAGAACUCAUUCCAGAGGUCACCUCCAGUCUCCCCCCAGCGGGAGCGCUCCUUGUCCGGCAAGGAAGUCACUAUUGCCAACACCCAGAUCAACGCCGGCCACCGCCGCUCCUCCUCAGGCGGCCGCCCCACGGGCUCCCGCCGCCAGUCCAACACGGCCGAAUACUUCGACGCUGAUUCCUCCCAGCGCCUCAAGUGGGACGAGGCCAACCUCUACCUGACCGAACAGGAGCGCUCCUCUACCAUGAAGAUCACCGAGCCCAAGACUCCCUAUGCGAAACACUACGACCCCGCCGAGGACCCGUCUGACGAUGACGAGGAUCCUAUGGCGGACUCUAGUCAUAGCCGUCAAGCUCCACGUCCUGGCCAUGAAGAUGACAUUCCGGGCCUUUCGCUGGGCGAACCGGAGGAGGCGAUUCCAGAAGAAGCAGCGAGCGCGCCGUCGCCGGCUCGCAGCGAAAAAAGCGUCCACGUCGACGACGAAAGCAUCGGUCACAACGCCGACGAAGAACUGGCGGGUCUAUCUCCGGAAGAACGCGAAAAGCACCGUAAGUUUGAGCAGCUGCGCAAAAGACACUACGAAAUGAAGAAUGUCGCUCAGCUGCUGGGACAUCCCGAGGACGAGGACGAGGACGAGGACGAUGACUCUGCCCCGCCGCCGAUGCCCCGCCUGCCCAACGGCUCCGCAUAGAUUGGGCACGGCCACAGACAUGAACGAAGCGACAGAUGAUACGACGAUGACAAUGUCAGAGUUUGCAUGGAUUGUAUGGUUUUCCUUUGUAGAGAAGAGUCUCUUCUCCUGGAGUUUUGCGGAUACCACCAUGGGGCGUUGGUACAAGAGGGGAAGCUGGAGGGUGGUGACCUACCUUGUGCGAGGGUUCUUUCUCUCAAGAUGAUGGCCCUCUCACGAGGGAGGGGAAAGGAUUGGACUGGGGGAUGGGGUUUGUUUCGGUUUUGAUAUACGACAGAUGUACAUGUGUU